AUGGAAUUUAAAGGAGUCAGACUAUCGCCGGAUGGUAGACUUAUGACAUCAGUGCCAUUUGUUUGCAAGGAACUUUAUGGUGGCAGUUUCCAAACGUUCCGGUCAAGUUUGAAAGUGUGGGAUACUGCGAGUGGGGAAUUGGUCAACAUUCUUGGUAGUCAUUCCAGUGAUGUAUUAGAUGUGAUAUUUUCCCCAGAUUCAAGAUUUCUGGCAUCCUACGGUUGCGAUGAAACUGUUCGACUUUGGGACCUGUCUGCAUCAUCAUUCCUAGACAGACGUGAGAAACAUGACUCUGGUGUCAUCUCGAUGAUCUUGUCAGCCAACUCUGAAGUGAUAUCUCUGGCUGGCCCUGAUAACUCUGAUAGCACAAUGUACAAGUUCUGGGAUGUGAACGCACGAACUCAUCGACAGCUAACUUUUGGCGCAAUCUACUACGCGCAAGUGAGCUUUACCCCCGAUUUUAAAUUUUUUAUCGAAAGGGAGAAUAAGGAGAUGGGUAUAUUGGAGAUAGCAAGGCUUACUUAUGUCCACAUCAUCAAGCAUGAAAAAUCAUUCGGGGAUUGCUUUGCAUUUUCCCUUCAAAAAAGGCUGUUGGGCAAAUCGAAUUCAUAUACACGUCGGGAAAUGCCUCAGGAGAUGAACGAAGAUAACGGGUUGGGAGAGGACAUUCCAGUAGUCAAAAUUUGGGACUUCGAUGACGGCGCACUUCUACACACUCUCUAUGGUCCGAGGGAGAAGACUAUUGAGUUGAAGUUUUCUCCUGAUGGGCAGUUCCUAGCCUUGAAACGUUGUUCGGAAGACAUGAUUGAGGUGAUUGAAAUUUGGGAUGUCGAAAGCUGGCAGCUGCACCGAACCUUCCAACAGAAUAAAGAAAAACGAGGUUUUGAUUUUUUCUGGUCCCCAGAUGGAGCAAUGAUCGGCGUUUUGUUCAGAAUAACAUAUCCAGACGACAUCAAGAGGAUUUCAAGUUGCCAGCUUGAUAUCUGCGAUGUGAACUUCGGGAGAUCAGUGACCCUAUUUGUGCAAAGGCUCGAUUUGGAUCCAGAACAAGAUCCAGACAUACAUUUGAUCGUGUUUUCAGUCUUCUCUAGGGAUGGGAAAGUAGCUGCGACUAAUGUUUCUCAGUCUUUCAUCGAGCUCUGGAAUUUGAAAACAGGUCAAAUAAUUGGGAAACGUCAGUUCACUCCGCUGGAGAGGGAACUAUACUCUAUGAACGAAGAUAUCCCGAUAUUCUUUUCCGAGGAUAGCCAAACACUCAUAACUAGGCAUGGUUGUCUAGACGUUCGAUCAUUCGAUCCCAAUUGGGACGAAGUAGGAAGCCAAGACCUGUUUGUGGAUGAUGGCUGGAUCUUUCAGGGACUGAAGAAGAUAAUGUUGCUUCCUCACGACUAUCGGCCUAUGUGUAUCCUGGCUGUGGACAAUACCCUGGUUAUGGGACACGCGUCAGGCCAUGUCACAUUCCUCACGCUGGCUCCGCAGGAUUUCAGUACAUAA